AUGAGCAGCUUUAACAACUCAUCAUCAGCCAACUCACCCUCCUCCUCGUCAAAGUCCAAAAGAAAGCAGCAACAACAACAACCAGUACUAGAAAACCAACAGCAGCAAGGAGAAGCCAGGUUUCUUGGGGUAAGGAGGCGGCCAUGGGGAAGAUAUGCAGCAGAGAUAAGAGACCCUUCCACAAAAGAGAGGCACUGGCUCGGCACCUUCGACACUGCUGAGGAGGCUGCCUUGGCCUACGACCGUGCUGCUCGUUCCAUGCGCGGUUCCAAGGCCCGCACAAACUUCGUUUACUCUGACAUGCCGCCCGGCUCCUCUGUCACCUCCAUCAUCUCGCCCGACGAAACACAGCACGACAUCUCGGCCCUCUUCGCUCCCCAUCAACAGCAAAACGAUACGAAUACCCACUCCUCCACCCACCUCUUCUUCGGCCAGGACCCCUUCUUCGACAUCUCUGCGUGUCCAUUUUCCGGCGGAGACGACUGGGCUCAGGGCCAGGGGACGACUACUUGUGGAUCUACAUACCAACCCAUUACGGCUAUCACAGAUGGUGGGCAAUCACAGUCACAAGAACAACCACACUCUCACACGUACAAAUCCCAUGACAGUACUGAGCUCCCGCCUUUGCCUCCAGACGCAUCCACUUUCUACGGGGCUGGAGUGAUGGGCUCCAAUAUGGGCCAAGAACUUUGGAGUGACACCAGCUUUCUAGGGUUUUCUGAGCAAACUACAAAUGGGCUCGACUCAGCAGUUACCGCUCCAUAUUUGGGCUUUGAUUCUAAUGAGUUUGUGCAGCACAGCCCACUCUUUGGGAGGAUGCCACCGGUUCCAGAGUCAGGUACCGAUGGAUUUGAUCUGGGUUCGUCAUCUGCCUACUACUAUUAAUCCCUCUCACCCUUUUUUAUUUGUAAUUUAAUCUACAUGUCAGUUCAAUAUUGGGGUGUGUUUUUCUUUGUCGUUUUGUGAUU